AUGGCCGCACCACCGACUUUACCGGCUCUCCUCACCACCCUCACCGACUCCUUGGCCUCCGCCCCCCCCUCGCUUCCCUCCACCACGAACCUCGCCCCACCAGCCGAAGGCAUAUCCCUCCUCGACACCAAGAAUGAACUACUCCUCUCCUACCUGCACAACCUCGUCUUCCUGAUAAUCCUCAAACUCCGCAACCGGUCCUCCCCCGAUGCAGCGGACGAACCCUCCCUGCACGACGCCGUGACCCACAAACUCGUCGAGCUGCGCAUAUACAUCGACAAGGGCGUUCGCCCGCUCGAAAGCCGUCUCAAAUACCAACUCGACAAGCUGCUCCUCGCCGCGUCCGAAGCCUCCGCCGCACCAGUCGCGAACAGCGCUGUCGAAACAUCUCGGACUUCGGAACGGCGCGGAGCCGAAUCCGAUGCCUCGGCCAGCGACUCCGAUGCCGAAUCCGCUCCACAACCAGCACUGCCAGAUCUGGCCCACCGCCCCAAUCCAUCCGCCUUCGCUCGCCCCUCUGGAACCAAAGCCGGUCGUGCGUCCGCUUCCGAUGGUUUGUACAAGCCCCCACGCAUCACGCCCACCGCCCUGCCCACUACCGAUGCUUCGUCCCGCAAGAAGGAAGUCAAGCCCCGCAAAUCGCACACGCUCGAUGCGUUCAUCCGUGAGGAAAUGGAUGACGCACCCGUCGCGGAACCAUCUAUUGGUACGGGUAGUGGGUUGAGAGGUAGAGAGAAGGAGAGAGAUGAGGAGAGGAGGGGGUAUGAGGAGACGAGGCUUGUUAGGUUGCCGGGAGACAAGAAGAAGAAAGAUAGGAGGAGGGGGGAGGGCUUUGGGGAGGACUUGGCGGGUGGGCUGGGCGAUUUUGAGUUUGAGGGACUGAAGGGCAGGGGUGGGAAGAGGAAAAGGGAGAGGGAUGGAGGGGAUGAGGGGAGAGCAAGCAAGGCGAGGUGA